CCCCUAAUCAUUUUCUUCACCUCUAGCUCUAGCUCUGCCUCAAUUGGACAUCAGAUGAUUCUUUAACUCCCUCUGGGUCUCUUCUAUACAUUCAAAACAACUUGAACACUAAGGAGGCUCACUUUAACCCGAGAAAGUCUAGUUAUGGAUACUUGGCUGAUUGCUGUUUUGGUGAUCACCGGAGCAGUUGUGCUGUACCUGAGGAGAUGGUGGUAUGCAUCAGUGAGGCCCACUGUCAACAUCAGCAGCUUCCCAAGGAAGUACCCAGAUGAAAAGGGUGUGUCCAGACCUCACUAUGAUGUAGUUUGUGUGGGUGCUGGUCCGGCCGGGGCAACACUCGGCUUCUACAUGAGCAAGAUGGGACGUAAGAUUUUACUCCUCGAGAAAGCAACGUUCCCGAGAGAUAAGAUCUGCGGAGACGCUCUGUGCAAGACUGGGAUUGAGAUUAUUCACGAAAUGGGAGUGUACGAAGAGCUAAAGAAAGAGAAUAAAAUGAAUAUCGCAGACUCUGGGGGUAUGGUCAGUCCCGGCGGGCUCAGUUACAUCGGCCGCAGCAAGGAGAUCCUGGGAGAGAUACCCGGAGCCAUUGCCAUCAAGAGGAUCAAUCUGGAUGAGAAAUUGGCUCGUGCUUGCCAAAAGGCUGGCGCCGAGUUGAGAGAGAACCAUGCUGUGAAGACCGCCACAUUUGACAAGAGCAAGGGACUCUGGACAAUCAGCUUGGAGAACUCAGACGAAACUUUCACAUGCCGAGUCCUGGUGUGUGCUGACGGUGCUCCCUCUAAGCUGGCCAUACAGUUGGGUCUGGUCAAGCAGCCUCCACAGACAUCCUGCUCCAGGUGCUAUAUUGAGGGGGGCACACACAAAUUCAAGGCUGAUGGUGUACUCUUCUACAACAGGGAGCUGCUCCCAGGUUACUCUUGCCUGUUUCGCCACGCUAAUGACGAGGCCAACUUCUGCAUCUACUUGAUUCCGGGCAACCCUGAUGCGACCGCUGAAACCCUCGCUUUCUGGCACGAGAAGAUGAUGAAGGAAGACCCGAACAUCAGCCGUGCCCUCGGAAAUAACAUCAAGACCGAGAGAAUGAAGGCUGCUGCUCUUCGUAUUGGAGGUGAAGAGACGACGUUUGCAGACCAUGUUCUUGUUAUCGGAGAUGCCGCUGGUUUCACUGACCCCAUGACGGGAGAGGGCAUUCACACGGCAAUGGACUCCGCCCGAAUGGCAGCCAACGUCCUGGACGAGGCUCUCAAGGCUGGGAAUUUUGAUGCUCCUAUUAUGGAAGAGUAUCAGAACAGAUGGUUGAAUGCCUGGGGCACUGACUUCUACUGGUCCAUGGUCAUGAUCCAGAUGUGCUACAAGUACCCGAUCCUAAUGGACGCUGCCGUAGCCGCCAUGAUACGAAAGGGAGACCGUUUCCUUGCUCGUUGGGCCGAUAUUAUGACUGGAAGAGUGACCAAAUUCAACCUCCUCUACCCCGACUUUGUGAUAGUGAUCACGUACGAGCUGAUUGUGCUGAUAAUCAAACGCCUCCUGGGCAUAAAAGUUGGAGACAGGGGAAGCGCUGCCAAAGGACUAGUCGAUGACAAGAAGAAGCAGUAAUUAAAAAGACUUUAUUUGAACUUUUUAGAGAACUUAGUUUAGACAUUUAUAGCUAAAGAACUAUUACUGUAUCUUUUAGUGAGCUGAGCGUCUUUCCUCUCGGUGUGUUGCCCUUAUUUUAUAUAUUGGUCUCAUGA